CCUGCUUAGUUCCGUGUUGUAUUUGUAGUUGUAGAAAUACAUUAGUACUUUUUAGUUACACAUUGUCGGGUGUAUUUUAACCUCAUCAAACAUGUCGGACCAUAGCUCUUUCGAUACCAAUGCGAUCACUCUGACCAGAUUUCUGUUAGAGGAGGGAAGAAAAGUGAAUGCCACAGGGGAACUGACGACCCUCCUAAACGCGAUGUGUACAGCUAUUAAAGCAAUCUCGAGUGCAGUAAGAAAAGCAGGCAUCGCUCAUCUGUAUGGCAUUGCUGGCAAUAUCAACGUGACAGGAGAUCAAGUGAAGAAGCUGGAUGUCCUUUCCAAUGACCUGGUCAUUAACAUGAUCAAAUCCUCAUUCACCUCCUGUGUGUUGGUCAGUGAGGAGAACGAAACAGCCAUUAUAGUGGAGCAGGAAAGCAGGGGUAAAUAUGUGGUCUGCUUUGAUCCUCUGGAUGGAUCCUCCAACAUUGACUGCCUGGUUUCCAUUGGAACCAUUUUCUCUAUUUAUAAAAAGAGCACAGAUGAUGAGCCAAGUGAGAAAGAUGCCCUUCAGUCUGGAAGAAACAUAGUGGCUGCUGGGUAUGCGCUGUACGGCAGUGCCACCAUGAUAGUGCUGUCAACCGGCCAAGGUGUCAACUGCUUCAUGAUGGAUCCUGCAAUUGGGGAGUUUAUUCUUGUUGAGCGGGGUGUGAACAUCAAGAAAAAAGGGACAAUUUACAGUCUCAACGAAGGUUAUGCUAUGUAUUUUGAUCCUGCAGUUACUGAGUACCUGCAGAAGAAAAAAUUCCCAGAGGAUGGCAGUGCACCCUAUGGUGCACGCUAUGUCGGCUCCAUGGUAGCAGAUGUGCAUCGGACCCUCGUUUAUGGAGGUGUUUUCCUCUACCCAGCCAAUGUGAAGAGCCCUAAAGGAAAGCUCCGACUCUUGUAUGAGGUCAACCCCAUGGCCUUCAUCAUGGAGCAAGCUGGUGGAAUGGCCACCACAGGAGACAUGAAUGUCUUAGACAUCCAGCCUGAGAGCAUCCAUCAGAGGGCCCCGGUGGUCCUGGGAUCCCCAGAUGAUGUUGAAGAGUACAUCUCCAUCUACCAGAAGCAUUAUAAGUGAUUAAAUCUUCAAACUAAAAAUCUACUGAGAGACCAAACAUCAAAUUUUAAACCUUUUUAUGUUAAGUCCACAAAAUAACAAAGCGUACAGCUUCCUCAACAAAUAUCACACUCAUAUUCUAUAAAUUGUAUUCAUUAUGAAUCUAAAUCUAUUCUUGUAAAGCAACAGAUAUACAAAUACACAAAAAAGUCAGUAGCCACAUUUGCACUCCUUGGAAAAUGUUUACAUUAAGACUUAUUUUGUACAAUAUUACCAAAUUUAGGAUUUAGUAAUAUUGUGAUAGGUCUUGAAGAAUGUGUUGGGAACAAAGAUAGAAGCAAGUAAAAAAUUUUUUUUUUAUAUCUAUGCAAUAAGACAGUGCCUUUUUUAUGCCUGUAUUUUAUUGUAAAGGAAAAUAAUAAAUUCAGUUGUGCCAAAAAAAA